AUUUUCUAUCUGAAUUAUCUAACAUGAGGGUAAGGAAGAGACCUGACGCCAAAACUCGUUGCCUAUAUCCAGAAGAUGUUGUUGCCUCCAUAAGAUCAUCACCAAAGCCUCCAUCUGAGCAGGAAGAGGGGGAAGUCUCUUCCAAACCAGCAGCAGUUAGUGAACCAGCAGAGGAAAAGGAUCCUGAAUUAGAGAGUAGAAAAUAUAAACACCUUGGAUGGCCAUCCUCCAUAACCUUUUCAUUCAUCCAGACAAAAACACCAACGCAAGAUUCCAGCACCAUCCCUGACAACAAUGGAGACGGUAAUGAGGAUGAAGUCCAGUCAAAGGGUGAAAAGAACAAGAAGAGGCUCUCAAAAACAAUGUUCAUUGGUGGAGGAAGUGGAUAUGCUGAAGACGAGAAAUAUGAACAGUUUUAUGAUUGUAAAAUGAGAAACUCUUAUAUUGCUUUUCCCAGUACCAAGGAGACAUUAUCUUCAGAUUCCUCUCGUCAAGGUGAUGUAACGGGGACAUUCCUCCUGAAUGAUGAAUAUGGUGAAGAAUCCGGUGACAGUGAAGAGAACUCCAAUGGUGCAAAGCUGGUGCAAGAAGGAUCCAAAAUUCAACUUACAACAGAUGGCCAGUUCAGCCUCAGUGACACAAGAGGAGAGGAAGUAUGGGCUGCUAAAUUGACUGGCUCUGGUGUUGUUUCAUAUGCAGCCAUGCUCGACACAGGAAACUUUGUGCUGUCGAACCAGGACUCCUCCAUCUUCUUGUGGGAGAGUUUUAAUCUGCCAACUGACACAAUAGUACCUACACAAAUAAUGAUAAAACGCAGCGUACUUUUCUCCCGUUAUGCAGAGAUGAAUUAUUCAAGGGGAAAAUUUACUUUUCAGAUGCAAGGGGAUGGAAAUCUUGUAUUCUAUGACACAAGCUUCCCACUGGAUUCAGUGCCCACUCCUUAUUGGGCAACCGAUACUGUAAACCGGGGUUUCCAGUUUGUCUUCAACCAGUCUGGCUAUAUUUACCUGGAAGAUCAAAAUGGAACCAUAAUCUACUAUAUGACAUCAAAUGGAGCUUCAUCAUCUAGGGACUACUACCAGCGAGCAAUCCUAGAAUAUGAUGGGGUCUUCAGGCAUUAUGUCUAUCCAAAGAUCAACGAUGCUACUGCUAGGAGUCCUAUGAACUGGUCCGUACGGUCCUUUGAACCUAAAAAUAUCUGCCUAACACGCGAAGAAUCACAAGGUAGUGGUCGUUGCGGGUUCAACAGCUACUGUAGUCUUGGAGAUGAUCAGAGGCCUAGAUGCGAUUGCCCACCUGGAUACUCAUUCUUCGAUCCAGAUGAUAAGAUGAGAGGGUGCAAACAGGAUUUGAUCUCACAAGAUUGCAAUGGAAACCAAGAUGCAGAUAAUUUUGAACUCAGGGAAAUGCCCAACACGGAUUGGCCAGGAACAGAUUAUGGAUAUUUUAAAGGGGUUACUGAGGAUUGGUGCAGACAAUCCUGCUUGACUGAUUGCUUUUGUCCUCUUGCAGUCUUUAAAGCUGGUGAAUGUGCAAUAAAGAAAUUUCCUCUCUCCAAUGGGAGAAUGGAUCCUAGCCUUGGUGGAAAAACACUGAUCAAAAUAAGGAAAGACAAUUCAACAUACAAAUCUCCUGACAAAGGUUCUGGGGAGGGUUCGAUUGACGGGAGUUCAACCGAGGGUUCAACCUUAUGUUCAAAUAAGGACAGGUCAACUCUAAUUCCUACUCUAACUAUGCUCUUAAGCAGCUCAUCAUUUUUGAACCUUGUUCUGUUUAUUGCUACUCUUUGGCUUGUUUCACGCUUGUGUUACUGGAAAAGAAGGAUGCAAGUUCAAUCUUCCAGAGCAAACCAAGGCACAAGUUUGCGAAGCUUCACAUACAAGGAGCUUGAGGAAGCUACAAAUAAAUUCAAAGAAGAACUUGGAAAAGUUCAGCUGCUAGGAUUCUGCAAUGAGGGACAACAUCGGCUUUUGGUGUAUGAAUACAUGAGUAAUGGAUCUUUAGCAUCUUACCUUUUUGGAAAUUUAAGGCCCAGUUGGUAUCAAAGAGCUCAAAUUGCUUUUGGAACUGCAAGAGGGCUUGUUUAUUUACAUGAGGAGUGCAGCAAUCAGAUCAUACAUUGUGACAUCAAGCCUCAAAAUAUUCUACUAGAUGACUCCUUGACAGCAAGAAUUUCUGACUUUGGAUUAGCAAAACUUUUGAAGACAGGCCAGACUCGAACUGUUACAGCAAUUAGGGGAACAAAAGGAUAUGUUGCCCCUGAGUGGUUCAAGAACAGGCCUGUCACAAUCAAGGUUGACGUUUACAGCUUUGGGAUUCUGCUGCUAGAGCUUAUUUGUUGUAGGAAGAGUUUUGAGCAAGAUUCAGGGGAUGAAAACCAAAUGAUACUGGCUGACUGGGCAUAUGAUUGCUAUGAAGAAGGGAGACUGUACCUGCUAGUUCAGGAGGAUGAAGAGGCUAUUCAAGAUAUUAAUAGGGUAGAGAGGUUUGUGAUGAUUGCCAUUUGGUGCAUUCAAGAUGAUCCGUCUUUAAGGCCCACUAUGAAGAGAGUCUCACAGAUGCUAGAAGGAGCUGUUGAAGUUCCUCGUCCUCCAACCAUUCCCCCUGUUAAUGAAUGAGAUCAAGUCUAUUAAACUAAUGUGGUGGCAGUUACACAGUUUAUCUUGCUUAGUGGUGUAGCAGUUUAUUUUUGCAGUUAGUAACUUCUUUAUGUUUACUUUUCUUUGAAAAACUGAUAUGUAUGUUUAUGUUUGCUGAGUUAUAUAAGGAAAACCCAAUAUAUGUUCUUUCAAUGU